GAGGAAGUGGGUGUGACAGGGACGGAAGCCGAGCCGGGCUUGGAGCAAAGACAGCGGGGAGUGGGGUCAGGGCUGUCCGCUGCGAUGAUUCCCCCGCAGGAGGCUUCCGCUCGGCGGCGGGAGAUCGAGGACAAGUUGAAGCAGGAGGAAGAGACGCUGUCCUUUAUCCGAGACAGCCUGGAGAAGAGCGACCAGCUCACUAAGAACAUGGUGUCUAUCCUGUCGUCCUUUGAAAGCCGACUCAUGAAGCUGGAGAACUCCAUCAUCCCUGUGCACAAGCAGACGGAGAACCUACAGAGGCUGCAGGAGAAUGUCGAAAAGACGUUAUCCUGCCUGGACCAUGUUAUCAGCUAUUACCACGUCGCCAGCGACACUGAGAAGAUCAUCAGGGAGGGCCCCACAGGUAGACUGGAAGAGUACCUGGGAAGUAUGGCCAAAAUCCAGAAGGCUGUGGAGUAUUUUCAGGACAAUAGCCCAGAUAGCCCAGAGCUCAACAAAGUGAAGCUGCUGUUUGAGCGGGGGAAGGAGUCACUGGAAUCGGAGUUCCGCAGUCUGAUGACCCGGCACAGCAAGGUCGUCUCCCCUGUGCUCAUCCUGGAUCUCAUUAGUGGUGACGACGACCUGGAGGUCCAGGAGGAUGUGGUCCUGGAGCACCUGCCUGAGAGUGUGCUCCAGGACGUGAUCCGUAUCUCCCGCUGGCUGGUGGAAUACGGUCGGAACCAAGAUUUCAUGAAUGUCUACUACCAGAUCCGUUCUAGCCAGCUGGACCGCUCCAUCAAGGGUCUGAAGGAGCAUUUUCGGAAAAGCAGUUCUUCUUCUGGAGUUCCCUACUCCCCCGCCAUCCCCAAUAAGAGGAAAGACACGCCUACCAAGAAACCUGUCAAACGGCCAGGGACGAUCCGUAAGGCUCAGAACCUUCUGAAACAGUAUUCCCAGCAUGGUCUAGAUGGGAAAAAGGGGGGCUCUAACCUCAUUCCUCUGGAAGGGAGAGAGGACAUGCUGGAUGUCGAGACGGACGCCUACAUUCACUGUGUCAGUGCCUUUGUGAAGCUGGCCCAGAGUGAAUACCAGCUGCUGACGGACAUCAUCCCAGAACAUCACCAGAAGAAGACCUUCGACUCCUUGAUACAGGACGCCCUGGACGGGCUGAUGCUUGAGGGGGAGAACAUCGUGUCCGCUGCCAGGAAAGCCAUCAUCCGCCAUGACUUCUCCACUGUGCUCACUGUCUUCCCCAUCCUGAGGCACCUCAAGCAGACCAAGCCUGAGUUUGACCAGGUGCUCCAGGGUACAGCAGCCAGCACGAAGAACAAGCUGCCUGGUCUCAUCACCUCAAUGGAGACCAUCGGGGCCAAGGCUCUAGAAGACUUCGCAGAUAACAUCAAGAAUGAUCCAGACAAGGAAUACAACAUGCCUAAGGAUGGCACCGUUCAUGAACUCACAAGCAACGCCAUCCUGUUCCUGCAGCAGCUUCUGGACUUCCAGGAGACAGCAGGUGCCAUGCUGGCCUCCCAAGAAACCAGCUCUUCGGCCACCAGCUACAGCUCUGAGUUCAGCAGGCGGCUGCUAAGCACCUACAUCUGCAAAGUCUUGGGUAACCUGCAGCUGAACUUGCUAAGCAAGUCCAAGGUGUAUGAGGAUCCAGCACUGAGUGCCAUCUUCCUACACAACAACUACAACUACAUCCUCAAGUCCCUGGAGAAGUCUGAGCUGAUCCAGCUCGUGGCUGUGACCCAGAAGACUGCUGAGCGCUCGUACCGGGAGCACAUCGAGCAGCAGAUCCAGACCUACCAGCGCAGCUGGCUCAAGGUGACUGACUACAUCGCAGACAAGAGUCUACCUGUGUUCCAGCCUGGAGUCAAGCUCCGGGACAAGGAGCGGCAGAUGAUAAAGGAGCGUUUCAAGGGCUUCAAUGAUGGACUGGAAGAGCUGUGCAAGAUUCAGAAGGCCUGGGCCAUUCCAGACACAGAGCAGAGGGACAAGAUUCGACAGGCUCAGAAGAACAUUGUCAAGGAGACCUAUGGGGCCUUUCUGCACAGGUAUGGCAGCGUGCCCUUCACCAAAAACCCGGAGAAGUACAUCAAGUACCGUGUGGAGCAGGUGGGCGACAUGAUCGAUCGCCUUUUCGACACCUCUGCUUAAGUCUGCCAGUGUUUCUGCCAGUUCUACCGGCAUGCCUAGCAUGUCAGCGGACUCAUAAACCAGUAGUAACACACUUCCGAGCCCGGUGAGUGUGGAGUCCUUUGGAGCAGAGAACUGUGUGCCCCAUCCAGGAGCCCCGCCCCGAAUUGUCCUGGCGUGUCUGCGUCUUCCCAGAACCCGUUAUCCUCCAUCAUCCACCACACCAGCACUCGCCCAGAACUAGGUCCUUUCACGCCUUGGGUUCCAUGAUAGAGUGCAUCUGGCAGGGGCUACAAGAUGACUUCUGAGGUGAGAAAUGAUAAAGAAGACAGACAGGGGCCCCCAGCUGCCAUGUGGAUACCAAGAAUAGCAUGGCAGGCUCCACCCUGGUCUGCUUUCAGCCCUUCAGCCCACAGAUGUGAAUGGGCUCCAAGAAAUAGGCCAGACUGCAGCCAGCAGACCAGGAGGAAAGGCUGCCAAGCCUUAAGUAGGGCACUGUCCUUAUGCUGAGCUCUGGGACGUUCUGACACCUGGGAGUCUGCUGGGUGUCAGGAGGCAGGACUGCUCUGUCUCUGGUCUCUUUGGAUCUAGGCACUUCAAAAAGUGUUUGGAGGAUUCUGAACUCCUCUCUGGGGCCAGCCACUCAGGCUCCUGUUCCCCGUCCCCAGCGUCUGUGCUCCCCAGCCCAGGCCAUGCAGCAAUGGUUGAGGUUGAGGACCUUUAGGCUGAGACUGUGAGGGACAGGGAACUAGGGGGGCGAAGCAGAACAAUCCAGGAUCAAACCGGAAGAUCACGAAUGUAAAGUUGGGCCCUACUGCUAGGAUGGCAGUGAGUGACUGUGUUCAAGAAGGGCGUACCCUUACAGUGCACUUGGGUGAUGUUAUUAUUCUUUUCUCCACAGAGGGGAGAGUUAGGAUGCAUGAGCCUCCUGUUAGAGAAUGGAGCUGACACGUGUCUCUGAGACACUGUCGUAACCCUCACCCAGCUGUAAGGCCUAUGCUGCACCCUUAAGUCUGUAUCCUUAGGCCCACUCUGUUACAGACCAGGCUGCCCACCGUCACAUACCCUGCCAGGGGCUGGGCCAGACUUGCACAUGCUCACAUGCAGACAGCCACAAACGUGAGCCACGUGCAUGAGGAAGAAGGUGUGGUCAGCGGCUGUAGCCCGGCCCCUCCUUGAAAUCUUUCCUCCUCUAAGAGCUGCUGACUGUCAAGGAAAGGAACUGUUCUUGGCUGCUCCAGAAUGUUCUUCCAGAGCAGAAUGGUCAAAGGCAGGAAUUCUUGGCCCAGUCUCCCUUCUUUAGAUGUUCAACUAAUUAAAGUUUGGAUCUGCCCCA